AUGGCGUUUUCUGUGGAGAAGUGGGUAGGGUUCGGGUCGGCCAUGGCUGGCUUCGGCUUGCUUUGGUCGAGGAUGCAUAAGCACGUCCAUGAUGAGGCUAGGCACAUCAUCAGUAGCUUGGUUCCCAUGGUGAUGUCCUACUUCAACCCCUAUGAGCAGAUCACCAUCUCCGAGUACGGUGAAGAGCGGUUCGAAUGGAACAAAAUGUUCUUCGCCGUUUCCACCUACCGAGAAUGGUGUGCUUGGAUCAUGCAAGCAAGCUCAAGGCCGAGCUCGGCAACAACAGCAAGGAUGACCCGCUUAUCGGUCUGGACAAGAACCAAGAGGUCGUCGACAAUUUCGAUGAGCCCGCAUGUGGUGGAGGCUGUGCCCCAAAUCCGCCAAGAACAGGGGGCCCACCGUCAUCAGCUUGUUGCCCGGGAUUCCGACGAUGAGCCUCGGUGCUACAGGCUGGUGUUUCACAAGCGCCACCGCAAACUUGUGCUCGACUCCUACCUGCCCAAAGAUCGUCCAAGAAGCGAAGAGUACCACUCCAAGGUCGGCAAGGCGUGGAAGCGGGGAUACCUCCUGCAUGGACCGCCGGGCACAGGCAAGUCCACCAUGAUCGGGGCUAUGGCCAACUUCCUCGAGUAUGAUGUCUACGACCUCGACCUAACAUCCAUCAAGGACAACGCCGAGCUGCGGAAGCUCUUCCUUGAUACGACGGACAGAUCCAUCAUCGUUAUCGAGGACAUCGACGCGAUUGAGGUCGAACUCACCACCAAGCGCAAGGGCAAGGAGGCAGCCAAAGAGAAUGACGACAACCACCUGGUGAUAGAGCUGUCCGAGAAGAAUAACAAAGGCAAAGUGACGCUGUCGGGGCUGCUCAGCUUUGUCGACGGGCUGUGGUCGGCCUGCGGCAGCGAGCGGAUCUUCGUGUUCACCACGAACCACGUUGACCGGCUCGACCCGGCGCUGAUCCGGCGGGGUAGGAUGGACAGGCACAUUGAGAUGUCCUACUGCCGGUUCGAGGCCUUCAAGAUGCUCGCUAAAAGCUAUCUAGACAUCACUGAGCAUUCACUAUUCGGUGAAAUCGGGCAACUGCUCGAUGAGAUCGACACAACUCCGGCAGACGUGGCAGAUAACCUCAUGCCGCGCGGCAAGAGGAACGGUGAAAUCGAUCGAUUGCUCGAUGAGAUGAAUGGGGCACCGGCAGACGUGGCCGGUAACCUCAUGCUGCGGGUCAAGAGGAGAGAAGCAGAUGACUGCUUGGCAGGUUUAGUGGAAACACUGAAGAAGGCUAAGAUGAAAGCUGCAGCACCUCCUAUGGAUUCAGUGGAAGAGGCGAAAGAGGAAUAA